AUGCUGCGCGUAACGAAGCUGUCAGGGGAGGAGGUGGCGAGUAUUGCCGUCGGGGAGGUGCGCGAUGCGAGGUCCUUGAAGCAGCGCUUGAGCCAGCUGCCAGGCGUGCCGGCACGCUUCCGGCAGAGGCUCCUUCUCGACGGUAGUGGGCUGGAGGAUGCUGAUGAGCUGGACUCCCCCAUGGACCUGAAACUGGUGCUGCUGCCCUUCGCCGACGUUUCAGGAAGGCAAGCGGAGGACUUUGUUGAAGCUGCAGUCUGGGACUCUGCCGCCGAG